CCCAUUGGCUCAGUAGUGAGACAGACUUGUGGGUGAGCGGUGCACGCAGCAACGUUUGGUCUUCAGAAAGGUGGCAGGGAACUGUUUGUACCUAAUUCGCCUGAAUGCCAACAGAACUGGAGCAAGGACACGCGCAGGGAGGUUUGUCGGGAGUUCAAAGAGCCAAAUCCGGUGGACUACGGGGAUUUGGAUUCGUAAAGAUUACCGAGGCAAACGGCUGAUAGUUUUCCCCGUACCUGUCAGUCCUGCUGCCGGCAACUUCAGACCGGAAUGUAGCUCGUCGUUUGUUUGUUAAUUUAUAUUGCUGUCACGUUUGGAUCUGCCUUUGCAUGCCGCCUAUCUAGCCCAGUUUCGGUCAGCCACUCUGUUCUUUUCCACGUUCGACACGUGCGUUUCCCCCUCCCGUUUUCAUCCCUGUGUUUCCUAUGGUUUCACGCCCAGGUGUUUGACGGUGGAUAUGGGGGGUAACUUGGGGUGUCACCGCUCGAUCCCCAAAGACCCAACGGAUUUGUGUCAGAGCAAGCGCAAGUUCAGUGCGGCGUGCAACUUCAGCCACAUCCUGGUCAACCAGGAGCGGCUGAACAUCAACACGGCCACGGAAGAGGAGCUGAUGACCCUGCCUGGGGUGAACCGCGCCGUCGCGCGGAACAUCGUGGAGUACCGCGAGUGCAUCUGCGGCUUCAAGAAGGUGGAGGACCUGGCGCUGGUCAGCGGCGUCGGCGCCGCCAAACUUGAAGUCAUCAAACUUGAGAUCUGCGUCAGCAGCCGGACCAGCUCCUCGCAGCACUCCCCGUCGUCGCUGCGCAAGGAUCACGAGCACCUGCCGUGCACCGGCAUGAACAUCAACACCGCCACGCCGGCGCAGCUGAUGAGCAUCCGCGGCAUCACCGAAAAGAUUGCCCACAACAUCGUGCAUUAUCGCUCGGCCAACGGACCCUUCAAGAGCAUCGAGGACCUGGUCAAAGUCGACCACAUAAACUCCUCGCUGCUGGACAAGAUCAGGUUCCAGGUUUUCGUGGAGCGCUCCAGAACACCCUCCACCAACACCAACGGCGGGCUGACGGGCACGACCAGGUCUCACCCGAGCCCGACAUCACUUAGCCUGCAGAGCGAGGAUCUCGACCUUCCACCCGGCGGACCGACGCAGAUAAUCUCGGUCCGCCCCAACGCCGAGCCAUUUUCGGGCAUGCGGGAGGGCAGAGCGGUGGUCCGCGUGGCCACCUGGAACUUGCAAUGUUGCUCGAACGAGAAGGCGAACAACCCCGGCGUUAAGGAGGUCAUUUGCAUGACGCUGUUGGAGAACGACAUUAAGCUGCUGGCAGUUCAGGACCUGGCAGAUCGAGAGGUUCUGGAGAAGUUCUGCACAGAGCUGAACCAGGCCACCCUGCCCAGCGUACGGAGGUGGAGGGGCCCCAGGGGGUCGUGGAAAUGCAUCACCUCAGAGAGGCCAGCACAACAGUCCCUAAAGGCAGCGGAAUUUUCUGGGUUCCUGUGGGACAGCAGCUCCGGGAUCGAGCUGAGGGACACUGUCCUCCUGGGGAGUCCCGUCGCUAACGGCAACGGGAAGCAUGACCUCCCUCGCCUCUUCCUGGCGCGUUUCAAUAUUGGGUCAUUGGAGGUGAUGGUUGCAAAUGUCCAUCUGAAGGACCCAUCAUUGCCAGCUGAAACGUCCAACGGGAAGAGUCGCCAUGGUGACCGCAUAGGACCACGCCUCACAGAGGACAUGCAGGAAACUCUGAAAGGGGAGAAGGCCCUGCUAUUACUGGGGGAUUUUGGGCUGCCUCCGGACAGCGGGGAGCUGGACGUCCUGAGGAAGGAGAAAAUGGCCCCCCUGGUGCCCCCCUCCCUCUACACCAACAUCAGCACCCGCUCCCCCCAAGGGUCCCACUGCCUGGACCACAUCUGGCUCAGCCGCCCCCUUAAGAAAAUUUACUCUGAGCUGUGCUUAUCGCCCUCUGCAGGUCACUGUUGGGUAGUGCGGGAGGGUCUGACCAAUCCCUGGAUCCCAGAUAACUGGUCGUGGGGCGGAGUCGCCUCUGACCACUGCCCCGUGGUCGCCGAGUUGUAUGCAGACCCGGUCGCCAAGGAGACGACCCGCCCCGGGAACAGGGUAGCUGUGGUGGAGCGGGGUGAGACCCCGUCCAAAAACGAGCGGUGAUGGUGUCGCUGCCGCCGCCAACACACGGGACAGUUGUCAUGGAGAUGACAGGAAGUGACAUCACGCUGGAUCCUUUUUUGGGACAGGAGGACGUGAGAAGCACCUAGAAUGCCUUUCUUCCACUGUUUGUCCCUGCUCACCAGAGACAAGCAUUGCAGUGUUAUUUAGAUUUAAACAGAGAUAUAUGAAUGAAUAUGUACAUAAUACAGAUGCUAAUAUGUGCCAAAUUUUAAAAUUUUUAAGAGAAGUUUAUGAAAUUAAAUAAAAUGGAGAUUGUAUUUGUGAAAA